UUAACCAGAACUCAAAAAUGCCAAGCAUGGAGUUGCAACCAUCUUUGGACCGAGAAGCCGGGGUGUCACGUUCCAGGGGCAAACGUGGUGGCUGGAUCAACUUUCCCUUUAUUGCAGCAACCCCGACGGGAUUGAGGCUGGCAGGUUGGGGAUGGCUGACAAACUUGAUUGUAUAUCUGAUUGAGGAGUUCAAUGUGAAGAGUAUUGAUGCUACUCAGAUUACAAAUACUGUCACUGGCCUUCACCAUGUGAGGCUGGGAUCAAGCUUAUGCCAAGCUCCGUCAAGGGUUCAAUUCUCAGUUCUAUAUGCAGCUAUAGCUUUAGCUUCUAUAGGCCUUGGAGCAAUGAGAUUUACUCUAGCAACAAUGGAGGCAAAUCAAUUUGAUACACCUCAGUAUCAAGGUUUAGCUCGCGUUCUUGUUUCUGCUAUAAGGAAGAGGAAUAUUCCACUAUCAUCCAAAACUGAGGAUUAUUACCACGGAAUAGAUGGAACAAACAUGAUUUUGGCUGCAACUCCUUCUCAGAGCUUAAGCACAGUAUGUAUCGGCCGUGUCUCUGAUAUCAAUUGCUUGAAAUCUAUAAAAGACUCACUGGAAGACCCAUAUGGUUACGUCAAUGCUAAGUGGGACUUCAGCAACAACACAGAGGGCUCCAUCUGCAGGUUUAUAGGGGGUGAUUGCUGGCAGCGGGAUGAAAACAAGGUGUUGAACAUUAAACUAUCCGACAUGGGUCUGAGGGGCCAGUUUCCACGGGGAAUAAGUGAAUGUUUCAGCUUAACUGGGUUGGACUUUUCAAACAAUGAGCUUACUGGACCAAUUCCAACUGAAAUAUCACAUAUGCUCCCUUACGUAACUACACUUGAUCUAUCUUGUAACAAAUUCUCAGGUGAAAUCCCAAAGAGCUUAGGCAACUGUAAUUUUUUGAAUAUUCUUAAACUUGACCACAAUCAACUAACAGGUCAAAUUCCACCAGAAAUUGGCCAGCUUUCUCGGAUCAAAGUCUUUAAUGUUGCCAAUAAUCUAUUAUAUGGUCCGGUGCCUAAUUUUGCAAGUGCUACUUUUUCGAGUGAUAAUUAUGCCAAGGACUUUGUAGAAGCUCCUUAAAGACCUGUAGGAGUGAUUUGGAUUUAUUCAAAAUUAAGUGGUUUUGUUGUUGGAUAUGUAAUUUUUGCGCUUUCAGUUAUUACUAAUUUUUCUCCUACUGUGUGCCAUGGACACAAGGGAAGAAGAAGAGUGAAGUCCCAUGGAAAAUCACAUUGAAUCUGAUACUGCAAAGGAAAACAAAAGAAAGCAAGCUCAUCAGAUGACGGAAACGCCAUCUGUGGAACUUCUACAUGAAGAAAGCAAAGAGGUACAU